AUGAUCUCCAAUCCCAGCCCCAUUGAGCUCCCAUCUUCUUACGAAAAGGUCGAAACAACCGGCCAUGUCGUCGUCUCUCAUUACCCCCCAGGAACGCCGGCAGUCACCCCAGUUGUCAUUGUAACGCUAAAUCGCCCUACUAAACACAAUGCAUUCACGGGACAAAUGGUCCUGGACUUCGAAAAGCUCUUCCCCAUGUUCGAUGUCGACGAGCGCGUGAAAGUCAUCGUGUUGACAGGCGCAGGAAAGACGUUCUGCGCGGGUGCAGACCUUGAAAUUGGUUUCAAUGGUGGUAGAGGCAAGACAUCAGAUCACCGUGACGGUGGUGGACGGGUGUCACUCGCCAUCCAUAGAUGCCGCAAGCCAACGAUUGUAGCAAUGCAAGGUUCGGCGGUUGGAGUCGGGAUGACCAUGACUCUUCCAGCAAUUAUUCGAAUUGGCUAUGAAAAAGGCAAAUACGGCUUCGUCUUCGGCCGCCGAGGUAUUGUUCUGGAAUCAUGUUCUUCAUACUUCCUCCCCCGUCUAGUCGGACACUCAAACGCUAGUUACCUCGUCAGCACGGGGGGAGUGUUCCCGCCUACGUCUAAGCAUUUCGGCGAUCUUUUCAAUGAGAUCUUUCCCGACCCAGCGCAGGUCCUGCCGCGUGCGCUCGAGCUGGCUACUGAGAUCGCGGAGAAUGUGAGCCCGGCUUCGUCGUACCUCAAUCGGGCGCUUAUGUGGCGCGAUACUGGGUCGGCUGAGGCGGCUCAUCUCAUUGAGUCGCAAGUCAUCCACCAUAUGUUUGGGUCGGAGGACCAGAAGGAGGGCGUUGCGGCGUUCUUUGAGAAACGAAAGCCGAAUUUCAAGGCCAACCUUGAUGAUAAUCCACCGCCGAACAUGCCGUGGUGGACGGAGGUUGAUACUGGCCGGAAACCUAACGCAAAAGUACCUUCGAAGCUGUAG